AUGUCGAGUGAGCCUAAUUCCCGGCCAGGGACACCACGGAAACGUUCUGAAACCGUUGCAGCUCAUUCCCGGCCCGAAUCGAUGCCGUCUGUCCACAGUGGAGUUGAAGGGAGAGAUCGGUCGCAGUCAGUCUCGCAUGGGGAUGGCUCACAGGUUUCGGGUACAGGAUUCGACAGUGUUGACCGAGUGUUCCCCAUCCGAUCCGUGGUAUCCGUGGACCGCAAGGCCGCCGACCAGGCAGCACAUGCGCGGUCUGCAGUUUCACCGACUCGCGAAGGCGCCAUGCAAUACACGAUCAUUGAUAGCCAAACCUGGAAUGAGAUUCAAUCGCAAUCGUCGCAACCCUGCUCGGAAUUAGCUCCGACAAUUCCCGCCGACACGAUUCGACAUGAAACCCAUGCCACCAACGAUGCCACGGAACUAGCAACGCAUUCCAUGGCCUCGCACGUUAACCAACACCCGGAAGAAUACGCAAAGGAAAAAAGUGACAGCCUGUCGGGAAGCACGACUACUGCCCUGCCCGAAACUCAGCAAGUUACUCGAUCCGACGAGCCAUAUGGUCAUAUUACAGCUCGAUUCACCCACGUCAUGACUGACAGCGGCCAUGCGGUGAUUACGGGUAGGGAUGGAAGGUCCUUUCAAUACUGCGAGGAUGAGCCAAUUCGAAUUCCGGGCGCGAUUCAGAGCUUCGGAGUAAUGAUCGCCUUGCGUGAGGAGGCUCCAAAUAAACUCGUGGUACGCGUGGUCAGCGAAAAUUCGGAACGGUUAAUGGGCUAUACACCCAAUCAACUCUUUGAAAAGGACAACUUUUGUGACAUCAUGAGUGAAGACCAGGCUGAUACGUUCCUCGAUCAUGUUGACUUUGUACGUGAUGAUGCGUACGAUCCUAGCGUGGAUGGGCCCGAGGUUUUCAUCUUGGCCAUCCGAACCCCAUCGGGGGAAAAACGUCGUUUUUGGUGCGCGACACACGUUAGCCCCUCUCAGAAAGACCUCGUCAUCUGCGAAUUUGAAUUGGAGGAUGAUGAUAUUAAUCCGUUAAAUGUUGAUGGACAAAACACUCCGGCAGCCCCUGCAGACACGAUGGGUACGAUGCCAACUCCGGAGCAAUUUGCUGCGAGUACGAUCAACACCAGCCAACCUCUCCGAGUUCUUCGAAACGCACGGCGUAGAAGAGGCGAGGCUGCUGCGAUGGAUGUCUUUAGCAUUUUCACUCAGAUUCAGGAGCAGUUGGGUCGGGCGAACGAUCUAGAUCAAUUACUUAACACGACUGCCGGUCUGGUUAAGGAGCUGACUGGAUUUCACCGCGUUAUGAUCUAUCAAUUUGAUAGCAGCUGGAAUGGGCUGGUCGUGGCUGAACUGGUUGAUCCCAAAGUCACUAUUGACCUUUAUAAAGGUCUCCAUUUCCCUGCAUCCGACAUUCCUGCCCAGGCGCGCGAGCUUUAUAAGAUUAAUAAGGUCCGUCUAUUGUACGACCGGGACCACAUGACGUCUCGCCUUGUGUGCCGGACGCUAGAAGAUCUCGAUACGCCCCUUGACAUGACUUAUGCCUUUUUACGGGCCAUGUCUCCUAUCCAUGUCAAGUACCUCGCACACAUGAAGGUUCGUUCAUCCAUGUCCAUCAGCGUCAACGCCUUCAAUGACCUCUGGGGCUUGAUCUCCUGCCACUCAUACGGAACGGCUGGUAUGCGCGUUCCAUUUCCUAUUCGAAAGAUGUGCCGUUUACUUGGAGAUACGGUCUCAAGAAACAUUGAGCGCCUAUCAUAUGCCUCUCGACUUCAGGCACGAAAGCUUAUCAAUACCGUCCCUACCGAGGCUAAUCCUUCUGGUUAUAUUAUCGCUUCUUCGGACGAUCUUUUGCAACUCUUCGAUGCAGACUAUGGUGCCCUUUCCAUCCGUGACGAGACAAAAAUCCUUGGUGAUAAUGCCCAUUCACAAGAGGUUCUUGCCUUACUGGAAUUUAUUCGCAUGCGUCAAAUAAACUCCGUACUUGCUUCGCAUGAUAUUAUCAAGGACUUCCCUGACCUUCAUUAUCCCCCCGGUCUCGCGGCAAUCUCGGGACUGUUAUAUGUCCCCUUGUCCACUGGCGGCAGUGAUUUCAUCGUUUUCUUCCGCAAGGGACAGCUCACCGAGAUUAAAUGGGCUGGCAAUCCAUACGAAAUCGCCAAGCGAAAAGAAACGGCAGGAUAUUUAGAGCCUCGGCAAAGCUUCACGGCAUGGCGAGAAACAGUCUUGAGUCAAUCGCGUGAAUGGUCAGAAUCAGAUGUUGAGACUGCCGCAGUCUUAUGCCUUGUCUAUGGUAAAUUUAUCAAAGUAUGGCGACAAAAGGAAGCUGCUAUGCAAAAUUCUCAGCUCACACGGUUACUUCUCGCCAACUCCGCCCACGAGGUCCGCACUCCUUUGAAUGCGAUCAUCAACUACCUGGAGAUUGCCUUGGAAGGCGCUCUGGAUACGGAUACCCGUGAAAGCUUGACCAAGUCACACUCCGCCUCCAAAUCCCUUAUCUACGUCAUCAAUGAUCUUCUUGAUCUUACGAACACCGAGACAGGUCAAGCACUUAUCAAGGAUGAAGCUUUCGACCUGAAACUCACUCUACAAGAGGCCUUCGACAUGCUCGCAGGAGAGGCCAAGCGCAAAAGCAUCUCAUUUUCCGUGUCCAUUCAACCUGGGAUCCCUGACAAGGUUUUUGGAGAUCAGCGGCGUAUACGCCAGGUGUUUUCAAACAUCAUUUCCAAUGCCAUUCAACAGACCGCAUCUGGUGCAGUCAUAGUGGAAAUGUGGCGGUCUUCUAAGCAAGACGCAACCGACCACGUUGCAGUUGAGAUGAUGGUUGUGGAUACAGGCGCUGGGAUGUCUAAAACGAAGCUUGAAGCACUUUUCUCAGAGCUGGAACAAGUGUCAACUGACAGUUAUCAGGGGGAGGACGGCGACAAACAGCUUAUAGAGGAUGACUCCCAGCAACAGCGGGUUCUUGGUUUAGGGCUUGCCCUUGUCGCCAGGAUUGUGUAUAGUAUGAGAGGCCAGCUCGGGGUCAAGUCUGAAGAGGGUAAGGGCAGCCGCUUCAAGGUGAAAUUGCAAUUCCGUCUACCAGAUGGAUCCUCAGUAGAGACACCUACUGAGACCGGUCUUCCUACUCAUACCACUGUCCCUGCUACGCCCAUGAUCUCAGACCAGGAAUUCACUUUGCCCCGGGCCAACUCCGAUCGACUCGAAGCCCGACGACGAAGCUCAGAGAGUUUGCGAUCUGGCGGCAGUUCUCGCAGUGGACGAAGUCAUGCAGAUCGGCUGAUUAGCGCCAUGCAAGAGCCGCCUCUUAUCCAGCGUGCCCCGAGCGAAAGCUCUGACUUAAGCAGGUUCAGGUAUUCUACCAGUCCUCAAAGCAGUGGCUAUUUGCCGGCCUCCGUGGGGUCACCAACUUCACACCUCAGACAGUCUUCAGCUGGACAGGAUCCUCUUGCCAGCCUUUCCACAGUGACGCACACGCCGCCCAUGACCCUAAUGCCAAUAUCGACUCCGCCGCUACCGGGCACCGAAAACAUUACGGACUCAGGCGUGCCAAUGGGACCUGUACGGAUCUCUGAGCGCAGGCCCAAGCAACCGUCCUCCUUGAACCGAGAGGAACAGUCCUAUUUCCCUCCAAUGUCUCCUCGUGAUGACAAAUGCGAGACUAUCUCAACUAUGGGUGAAUCGUCCAACACAUCAACGUCAAGGGCCCUAAGCAAUGUACAGCUUUUGCGUGUACUUGUCGCGGAAGACGAUCCAGUCAAUAGUAAGAUCAUUCAUAAACGCCUGACGAAGUUGGGGCACACUGUUGAGCUCACGGGUAAUGGCGAAGCUUGUGCUACCGCAUUUUCCACCCACAGGGGAGGCUUUGACGUCGUCUUGAUGGAUAUCCAAAUGCCCAUCGCCGACGGCUAUGCCGCCACCGAGAUGAUUCGUGACGUUGAAUCUAAGGCAGGCACUGAGGCGCUUUCCGGCAUAGCUCGGGGCAAUUCCCGCAUCCCGAUUUUCGCGGUUUCAGCUUCUCUUUUAGAGUCUGAAAGGCAGAAAUACAUCGAUACCGGAUUUGACGGUUGGGUUAUGAAACCCAUCAGCUUCUCUCGACUGAAUGUGCUUUUCAACGGCAUAUCUGAUAACGAAGCCCGAAAGGAAUCUACAUACCAACCCGGCCAAUGGGAAAAUGGUGGAUGGUUCUAG